CCCCUUAACGAUUAACCAGGAAAGAAGAAACGCCUCAGAGGGAUAAAAUGGCUGUGUGUUGAAUUUAAGUCUGGAGCUAAUCAAACGCUGAACAUGAACCUAAAAUAGGCUGGCGUUACAGUGACGUUUGGGGGCUCCAAGCAGUUUUCAAGAGUUUGGUGAGGGAUGAAGAGCCUGCGAUCAGAACGGCGUGGCAUCCAUUUGGACCAGUCAGAGCUGCUGUGCAAGAAAGGAUGUGGUUUUUAUGGAAACACAGCCUGGCAGGGUCUCUGCUCAAAGUGCUGGCGAGAGGAAAAUCAGCGAGAGAAACAAAAGCAGAUUCAGGAAGAUUGGGCACUUGCUGAGAGGUUGCAGAGGGAGGAAGAGGAGGCUUAUGCAAACAGACACCAGAAAUCUCAGCCCCAGCCUGCCAUCACAUCGUUCAGCAAGUUUGAGGAGAGAAAAACAAAGGAAAAAUCCAGCAAAGUCAACACAGUCACAAAGUUUUUUACUCCUUCAGCAAAAACGCCACCAAAAAAAGAUGCAGCCAUUUUUGAUUCCAGUCCCAGUAGCAGCUAUGGACCAAGCCGGCAGGUGUCCGUGGACACUGAUCAUGCAACGCGUGAGUUCAUCGAUUUUCUUAAGCCUCUGAAGUCUGGCAGGGAGAUCUUCAAACAGUGUCGCGCCUUCACUGAGAGGAUGGUCUACAAGAGGGACAUGGGUGCUGAUGAGCUGUCGGAGUGUGUGCAGGACUUCUACCAGAACCUCUCAGAACGACUCCAGACACACUAUAAAGGUUCAUCAGAUCAUGUAGAGAGUAUUAUGGAUGAAGUAGAAAAGUACAUGAUGACUCGUCUAUACAAGGAUGUCUUCUGUCCUGAGACCACAGAUGAUGAGAAGAAAGACCUGGCUAUUCAGAAGAGAAUCAGGGCACUGCAUUGGGUCACCAUUGAGAUGCUGUGUGCCCCUGUCGAUGAGGAGAUUCCUGAGGUGUCUGACAGUGUAGUAAAAGCCAUCACACAUGUGAUUGAAAUGGAUUCAAAGCGUGUGCCCAAAGCCAAGUUGGCAUGUAUUACUCGUUGCAGCAAGCAUAUCUUCAGUGCUAUCAAAGCCAGCAAGAAAGAGGCGGCGUCUGCAGACGACUUCCUCCCAACACUCAUCUACAUUGUGUUGAAAGCAAACCCUCCACGAUUACAGUCAAACAUCCAGUACAUCACCCGCUUCUGCAAACCCAGCAGACUCAUGACUGGAGAAGAUGGUUACUACUUCACUAACCUGUGCUGUGCGGUGGCCUUCAUUGAGAAGCUGGAUGGCCAGUCUCUAAACCUGAGCCCUGAGGAGUUUGAGCUGUACAUGUCUGGACAGGCAUCGCCCAACUGGCCACAGGCCGCUGGAGGUUCGUCAUGCUCGCCAGGAAGUGCCGCUCUCACUCAGGUCCACAAACAGCUGGCUCUGCUGACAGAGCUUGGUGAAAGGCAGGCCCAAGUCCUGGAGAAGGCUCGUAAACUGGAGAAGGACCUCAUUGACUGGGGGGGCGAAGUGGAGCAGAAGGUGCAGAACACAAUGGAGAGCUUUGUACCAGUGACUUAUAACUCAAACACAACCACAGCUGGAGGGGCAUCUGCAGCAGCAUCAGCAAUUGACUCUGACAACAUUGAGAAUGAGAACCUGCCUCCGCCGCUUAAACCGCAGGUAUUCGCUGGCUGAUGUGGGUUAUGCCCCGUGGAUUCCAGAUGAUGUCCUGCACAAGACACCGUUCUAGAGGAGGAGGAUUUCUUUACCAUCUUGUUCCAUUUUAUGCCUGUGUGUAGCCUGUAAAUCCUGAUCAGGAGUUCAUUGUUUCCUACAGACUGACCAUAUCACAGGCCUACUGGGAGGGGGCAGUUCAUGUCCUCUGGCUCAUCCACAUGCUUGUCUACGAGUUCUAGCUCGACCACUAUGCUUUUCCCAACCUCUAACUGCUGCACUUGCAGGCAAAUUCUGAUGGCUGAACUUUGGGCAUGAAAUAUCUGCCUCAAGGCUUCUGCAGCAGUAAAUCUCACUAUUCUCAGUCUGUUACCCAUGAUUCACUCCAAAAUAUUAUAGUAUAGUAAUUAGAAGUGAAGCAUUCUAAUAAAAAUCAAAGCCUUUAUUGUUAAAAACCAUACAUAUCUUUCUGGGGUCAUGAACAAAUGGUUUUCCGUUAUCCGUGCCACAACAAUGAGACUAUUCCUGUAAAAAAAGAAAAUAUGAAAAAGGUAUAGGAGAAAUAGGCUGAAAAAUUUAUGGUAGGAAGCAUUCUUCCAAUUAAAGAUGUAACUAUGGCACAUACAGAUAUACUCCGUCACUUGAAGGUUAACCCACCGCUAUCCUCCACCCCCAAAAAAAACACAUACUCUCAAUGUUGGGAAUGCACAAUACUGCCCAGUGUCUCCCAAUUGACAAUGGUACAUUCCAUGUAUUUAAUAUCAUAAAAAAAAGUAUUUUAAAAAGCUGACAGGAUGUACUACUCCUCCCUCAACAUGGAUAAAAGUAAGACUCCGAUAUAAUAAUAAUAAUCACCAUAAUAUUAAUCUUGGGUGAUAUUGCACACCCUGAGUUGAUUUUAUUGAUGGGUGGAAGUAAUAUCUGUAAAUUUGUGGACGGGGUCUCAGAAGAAACAUUUGUUCCCUCGGCUCAUGUUUGUUACAUGUUAUUUACCUGCAGAGACAUUUAGGGAGAGAUUGACUGUGUAAGUUGCACGGACAUGCUGAGUCAAAUGUUCAAAAAAAAAAACUAAAACAUACCAUCCUCGAGUCGUGUGUGUUUUAGUCUCAUUUUAAAACCAGACCUCUCAGUCCAGACAUAAGCUGGAUGUACAGAAGUGAUUUUAUUUUUCUAUAGCAGCAGAUAUGAAUUCUUCUGGAUGCAAUAGGAGACAUUAAUCCUGUAAUAUUUACAGUAGUACUCUUGUGAAAAAUUGCUCGACGAUAUGUAACAUGAAUUGUAAUGAUUAAAUAGUAAUGUUUUUGAUCAUUAGUGUAUCUGUCCCCUUGAGGAUGUUAUCGGCAUGUUCCAUAGAGAAUCUGUGUCUUGUUGCUCUGUCAGAGCAGCUGUGUUGGGAGACAAAGAACUCACUCCAAAAGGUGUGCUGCUUUAGCCAGAACACAUUUUAGACCAGAACACAUUUGAUUUCAUAUGAAGCACUUUUAUUCAGCUUGAUUUUUAAGUUUUUAUUUCAGAAGUAUUUAUUGUGUUACAUGCUUGCUAUUCAGUUUCGAAGGUUUCUUUUUUUGUGAACGCGGUGGCGGACUGAUGUGUCCUUCGAAAGACAAACCUGAGAAUUGUAUGAAAGUUUUGAAAGAUGCAUUUGCUUUUUCUUAUGUUCAUCCUUGCACCAUUACACUCUGUAUUUUCCAAUUUUGGUUUGACGAAGGCUUUUGCAAAUUUGUAUUUUCUUGAGUAACAUCACAAUUAACUGUACAGUAUGAGGUAUUUUCAAGGUUUAAAAAGUUGGUAAACUUAAAGGUUUGAUAACUAUGACAUAGGACAAAAUAUCUCAUUACUGGGUUUUUGUUUUUAAUUUAAGUGUAAUUUAUUCAGACAAUAUUGUUUAAUUUGAACCAUUGAGUGUGGUAAUAAAAAAGCCUGUUUUUGUGUU